CUCUCCACCAGAAAACCAUCUGCUUCUACUAAAAACCUCUCUCCAACCUCCAUGGAUCCUCCUCCUCCUCCUCCACUCUUCCUCCAUCUCCAUCUCCAUCUCCAUCUCCAUCCAUGGCUUCCUCUCCUUCCUCGAUCCACUUCUCCUUCUUUCUUCUUCUUCUCAUUGUCUUUUUCCCCUUCUCUUUCUCCAUUGAGUUCAACUACCCCACUGUCUUCAACUUUGGGGACUCCAACUCCGACACCGGCAUCCGCAUCGCCGCCGGCCUUGAGGAAAUUAACCCUCCUUAUGGUGAGACCUACUUCCUCCGACCCUCUGGCCGCUUCUCUGAUGGCCGCCUCAUCAUCGACUUCCUUAUGGAUGAAAUGGACAUGCCAUUUCUUGGUGCCUACUUGGAUUCUGUUGGUGCACCAUCUUUUCAAAAAGGAUGCAACUUUGCUGCAGCCGGGUCUACAAUACUUCCUGCAUCACCUACAUCUGUCAGUCCAUUCUCUUUUGGGAUUCAAAUAUCUCAGUUCUUACGGUUCAAAGCUCGUGUUACUGAAUUGCUUGCUAAAGGAAACAAAUUCAAGAAAUACAUACCUCAACUAGAUUCUUUUAACCAGGGCCUUUACAUGUUUGAUAUAGGUCAGAAUGAUUUAGCUGGUGCAUUUUACUCUAAAACAGAUGACCAAGUUAUCGCAUCCAUUCCAAUAAUCUUGUUGGAAUUUGAAUCUGGAAUAAGGAAAUUGUAUGAACAAGGAGCAAGGAGAUUCUGGAUUCACAAUACUGGACCUCUUGGAUGCUUACCUCAAAAUAUAGCUUUUUUUGGUAAAGAUCCAUCAAAGCUUGAUGAGCUUGGCUGUGUGAGCUCUCACAAUCGAGCUGCAAGGCUUUUGAAUUUGCAGCUUCAUGCACUCUGUACAAAAUUGCAAGCUGAAUUUUCCAAUGCAAGUAUCACUUAUGUGGAUGUUUUCUCCAUAAAAUUUGACCUCAUUGCAAAUUAUUCUCGAUAUGGAUUCGAGCAUCCGAUAGCGGCAUGUUGCGGUUACGGCGGCCCGCCGUUAAACUACGACAGCCGUGUGGGCUGUGGCCAAACAAAAACUUUGAAUGGUAACACAGUUUCAGCAAAUGUAUGCAAUGACACUACUGAGUACAUCAAUUGGGAUGGAAUUCACUACACUGAAGCUGCAAAUCUUCAUGUCUCAUCUCAAAUUCUCACUGGCAAAUACUCUGAUCCACCCUUUGCAGAUAAGAUGCCAUUCCUUCUCAAGCUUAAGUUUUAAUUUAUCAAUGUAACUAUUCAUUUGUUAUAAUGUUUGAAGAUGGUCAAACUAUGGAAACUAAUAAAUGUGUAUUAUAUUUAAAUUGUU